UUCCUCUCAUUUCCCCUAACAACAACAACAACAAAAAAAAUAAAAACAUUUCCCCAAAUCUCAAUAACAACAAAGCACUUCCCUCUCUCCUCUCCUUUUUUUACUUUAUUUUUAUUAUCGCAGGAGAGUAAACAUUUAAAAGUUUUUUUAUUUUCAUUCCCUCAUUUUUCUCGUUAUUAUUAUUUCUCCAUUUUAUUUUUAGUUUUCUCUAAAAAUUGGCCAAAAACGAUAAAAAAUCAGACAACAACAUUUUAUUUUUUUGUUUUCAAAAAAUUUUGUUUAAAAUUAAAACCACAUUUCUUAUAAAAUCAGUUUCCUUAUAUUAAUUUCUUUAAAUUAUUUUCUUUUAAGAUUUUCUUCAUACUAAGUUAUUUAAAGGCGUAAAAUGGCCCACCCACAUCUAACCCACAUAAUCGUCCCCUACUCUUCCCGUUUGCUGUCAGAAUUACAGCCAGGCCAAACACUUCUUGUUCAAGGCAAUAUUUUACAAGAGGCUAAGCGUUUUGAAAUAAACUUGCUGAGUGAAUGUUUUGAAGUAAAUCCCCAUGUUGGCUCUGUUCCCCUUCAUGUGUCUGUUAGAUUUGAUGAAAACAAAAUUGUCCUAAACUUGUUUAAUGCUGGUGAAUGGGAAAAGGAAGAGAGACAUUCAAAUCCUUUUAAGAAAGGGGAAACUUUUGAUAUUCGAAUUCGUGUGCAUGAAGAACGCUUUGAAUUACUUGCCAAUCAACACCAUUUGGCUGAUUUUAAACAUCGACAUGCUUUCACAAAAAUUGAUCAUAUGCAAAUAACUGGUGAUAUUACACUCUCCAACGUUCAUUGGGGAGGGCGUUAUUUUGAAAUACCAUUUCAGUCAACCUUUCAUGGACAUUCACUUAAAAAUGGUCAACGUGUUUUUAUCUAUUCAAUUGCGAAAGGCGAUUUUAGCGUUAAUUUUGUCGGUGCAAAUGGAGAUUUUCUUUUUCACUUAAAUCCUCGUUUUAGUGAAAAACAAAUUAUUCGAGGUUCUCAGAAAAAUGGAACGUGGGGGGAGGAAGAACGAGAAGGUAAAUUUCCUUUGAAAAAGGGGGAGGCUGUUGAUAUUGCGAUACAUAAUGAGCCUUUUUCUAUUCAGGUUUUCAUUAACGGUAGUCAUUAUUGUUCUUUUGCCCACCGAGUGGAGGAUCCAAACAAUGAAUAUAAAUUUUUACGUGUAGAAGGGGAUAUUGAAUUAACUGGAGUUGAAGUAAGUCAUUGA